AUGAAAACCUCCAUCUUCUCCGCCCUUCUCGCUCUCGCCGGUCUGGCCUCGGCAGACCCGGUCAUUUCCAAGUGCAAUGCUGACAACUGCGCCAACGCCGUCAACAAACAAGGCAAGUUGUCAGAGGCUAGUGCCUUUUGCAGCGACAUCUUGCGCACGACCACAACCGUCUCGAGCACUUUGACUGUCUACGAAACGGCCACCAAGAUCACGACCUUGCCCGACGUGACUUCAACUGUCCAAGCCACAGUCACCGAGACCUCGUACACCACUGAUACUACGGAUCUUUACGAGAGCACCAGAGUGACUGUUACUGGUACUACCACUGAGCAUGCCACUUCCACCAUCACUACCACCUUCACUGCAUCCACCACUGCGUCGACACUUCUGCCGACCAUCGAGAAGGAGCACACGGUGACUACGGAGACGGCCGUCGAGACUACGACUGUGGUCGAGAACAAAGAUGUCACGGAAACAGUGUACAUCACCGACUGGGCCCCGACUCACACCUCUACCAUUGAGGCCAUCAGCACCGAGGAGGCUACCUCGACCUCCACCUUGGUCACCGUGGUGAUGCGCCGCCAGGCCCCCAAGACCUUCAGUGACAAUGUCGUCGCCAAGUGCACUGGGACUUCCCGGAUGGCCAGCGCCUGUUCCUGCAUCAUGACCGCCCCGGUCUCCACCAGCACCAGCUACGUCGCCACCGUCACUGUCACCCCGAUUAUCACCACCAAGACCGAGCCGGCGACCACCACCAUCACCUCCACCACCACCGUCAGCACGGCCUCGACCCUCAGCGUCGUUUCCACCACCCGGGUCCUCACCUCCACCGACGUCCACUCGUCCACUUACAUCUACUCCACGACCGACUACACCACCUACGUGGCCACCGACUUCGUCACCAGCACCCAGACCCACUACCACACCGACACCGUCACCGAGACCAGCACGGCCAGCGCGACGACGACCGAGUUCUCCACCUCCAUCAACACCCGCACCGUCGACACCACCACCAUCACCUCGCCGACCACCACCUACGAGGCCACCACCACCACCUUCGUCUCCACCACCACCGUGACCGUGCCAGCCGCCUCGCCCACCGUUCUCGAGGUCUUCUGCGGCAAGCAGGCCAGGGGUAACCCGUCGCCCACCCUCGCCGACUCCAAGCUCGACACCAUCGAGGAUGGCGUCUACACUACCUUUGAGUGCCACGCUCGCUGCGCCGCCAUAGACGCCUGCAAGGGUGCCUCCCACGACGCCAAUACCAAGAAGUGCAUCCUGUACACGGUCGCCCUGACCAACGAGAACUUCAAGUUCGACAAUGGCAAGACCCACUGGGGCUGGAGCAAGAUCUGCCCCCAGCUGAUCAACGGUGAUGUCCAGGAUGAGUGUACCCGCUAA